AUGGUCAACUUGGGAUAUCCCAGGAUAUCCACUGGAAUGCUUGAACCUGUUGUAACACCUACUCCACCUCCAGCUUCUCUGCGCCUGCCUAAAUUUGAGUUGCCUAAAUUUAGUGGAUUGUCUAGUCAACUCAAUCCAACUAAAACCACAAUCCUUCUUGGUACAUGUUUAGUUCAUGUCUCUUCACAACAUGGUCAACAUACUGUACUCCGUGCUGUGCUCGACUCCGCUGCCCAACUUACCCUUAUAUCAGAGAAAGCUAUUCAACUCAUCAACGCCCCACGUACUCGACUCCAUGAUGAAAUAAAAGGAAUCUCUGGUGCAGUUAUUAAUUCUAGAGGUAUCGUACAUGUCAACAUGUCUGCGAUCAAUGGAAAUCCUUUGGCUAAAAACCAUCCUUGUAUGGUUUUGAGUAGUAUCACAUCACCCCUGCCUCAGAUACCAGUUUCACACCAGGUUAAGGAAUCUUUGAAACAUUUUAUCCUAGCCGAUCCCUGUUUCGAUCAGCCUGGAGAGAUAGAUUUACUUAUCGGUGCAGACUUAUUUGCCCUAACCCUCACAGGCGAACAGCAUAGAUUAGGACAAAAUUUACCUCAAGCUCUUGGAACCAUUUUCGGUUUUGUUGUGAUGGGCCUCGCUCCUGUAGCCUCUGUAGCAGGAAACUCAUCAAACACAUUUCCCAUCUCACUCUUGACAACUCAUGAUUUGGACCUUCAUAAUUCACUUCAAAAAUUCUGGACGCUAGAAGAACCCCCAAUACGGAUCAAGGCUCAGACUGAGGAAGAUACCCUCUGUUUACAACAUUUUGAAAACACCCAUAGACGUGAUGACUCAGGUCGUUACAUAAUCGAGCUGCCCAAGAAACCAAAUCAUUCCCCUCUUGGUGAAUCUUGUACCAAAGCACAAUUGAGACUUAGCUCGAUGGAAAGGAAAUUCUCUAAUCAACCCGAGUUACAAAGGCUCUAUUCUGAAUUUAUGGAUGACUACAUUGAAUCAGGUCAUAUGACUAUUUGUAAAGAACCUCCUACCUCUGAAUACUAUUAUUUGCCUCACCACGGUGUCUUCAAGGAGAAUCCCCCGAAUUCAAAAAUACGUGUUGUUUUUGACGGCAGCGCUAAAACUACUAAUGGCAUAUCAUUGAACGACAUUCUCAUGCCCGGUCCCAAACUUCAAAAUGAUAUCAGUGAUGUUUUAUUGUAUUUUAGAUGUCAUAAAAUUGUAUUCACCUGUGACAUACGUCAAAUGUAUCGUCAGAUCUUGGUUUCUGAUAAGGACAAAAGUUAUCAAAUGAUAUACUGGCGUGCUAGUCCAGAUGAUCCACUCCAAACGUACAAACUCAAUACAGUUACAUAUGGGCUUAAUUGUUCCCCUUUUAUUGCAAUCAAAACCUUGCACCAGCUAGUUUUGGACGAAGGUCAACCAUACCCACAAGCUUCUGAUAUCUUGACCAAGUCUAUCUUCUAUGAUGAUAUUAUAGCUGGAGCUGAAGAUCUCGAUAAAGCUAUGUCAGCUCAAAAUGAACUGAAAACAUUGCUGUCUAAAGGCGGUUUUGAACUCCGUAAGUGGAUCAGUAAUGCACCCCAACUCUUGGAUCAGAUUCCAGUCGAACACAAAGAAUCACCAGUGGAGUUGACUGAUGGUAGUGAGGCCUUCUACAGUGUAUUGGGUUUAAGAUGGACCCCAGAGACAGACAUGCUCUCAUACAAAGUAAAGAAUGUUGAAGUAGGCCACUUGCUAACCAAGAGAAUGAUUCUCUCAACAAUCGCUAAACUCUAUGAUCUCCCAGGAUUUCUCACACCUGUAAUAUUUUGGGCUAAAACACUCAUUCAAUAUCUUUGGACCACAGGUCUAAAAUGGGAUGAUCCAAUUCAAGAUGAGAUAAGAACAAAAUGGAUUUCCUUUUUAGAAGAACUACCCGUGAUCCAAAACCUAAGGAUCCCACGUUACAUCUUUACCUCAACUCAUAAGCUUGCAGAACUUCAUGGUUUCAGCGAUGCUUCGGAGAAAGGAUAUGCUGCAGUAGUCUACCUCCGUGUGAUCAACUUAUCGAAUGAUGUUAAAAUUAAUCUGAUAAUGGCCAAAUCUAAAGUCGCCCCACUAAAAAGAGUAUCUCUGCCUCGUCUCGAACUGUGCGGUGCUCACCUACUUGGAAAGCUCCUGCAAUACUGUUCAAAUCUUCUUUCGUCCCACAUUAAGAUUGACUCGAUGUAUGCUUGGUGUGACUCUACCAUUGUUCUUACAUGGAUAUGCACUCACCCCUAUCGCUUAAAAGUCUAUGUGGCCAACCGUGUCUCAGAACUACAAGAAUUAAUCUCUCCUGAAUCAUGGCAUUACGUCAAGUCCCUAGACAACCCAGCAGAUUGUGCAACCCGAGGACUCUCCCCAUCUCAACUCUUAAGCCACCAAUUGUGGUGGAAGGGACCUGAAUGGUUAUACUUGUCAUCAGAUCUUUGGCCAAAGCCCGAAUUCAGUUUAAUCACUGAUCAAGACACUCUUGAAGUCAAACCAAAUCCCUUGAAUGUCCUAGUUAACGUUGAAAAGUUAGAAAAUGACAGAUUUGAUUUACUUGAAAAAUUCUCAUGCUUUAGAAAACUUGUAAAUGUCACUGCUUAUGUUCUACGAUUCAUCCAUUAUCUUCGUGGCAACGCCCGACUAGCUGGACAACUUAGUUAUAAAGAGAUCUCUUCUGCUAAAAUGAAUCUCUUCAAACUCAUUCAAAUUUCAUCUUUCAAGGAUGACAUCACAGCUCUGAAAAAGGGCACUCAGUGCAGCUUAAGACUGGCUCGGUUAUCACCUUACAUUGACGAUAACGGUUUGUUGAAACCUACAAAUCAACCUCCACUUAUGGGAGACUUACCCGAAACUCGACUACGGCCUGUAAGACCAUUCUGUCAUACUGGCAUGGAUUAUAGCGGUCACUUUGAAGUGAAAGUACACACCACUAGGAAUUCUCAAAAGCUUAAGUCAUACCUCUGCCUAUUUGUUUGCUUUACCACAAAAGCGGUGCACUUGGAAGUUGUAACUGAUCUCUCAGUGGACUCAUUCAUUGCUGCUCUUAAAAGAUUUGUUUCUCGUCGUGGACUUUGUGCUCACCUAUACUCUGAUUGUGGAACAAACUAUGUCGGUGCCUCCAAGCAACUAAAUAAGACCUUCCAGAAUUUCAUUGAUGAAAGGAAUACUCAAGAUGCUCUCACUAACUUCGCCCUCGAUCAUUCAAUUAAUUUUCAUUUCCAACCACCAGCCGCGCCUCACCAAGGAGGCCUUUGGGAGAGUGCCAUAAAGAGCUCAAAGUACCAUCUCAAGAGAGUAAUUGGAGAUCAAAUUCUAACACUAAUGGAGCUGAUAACUCUUGUCACGCAGGUGGAAGCAGUAUUGAACUCUCGUCCACUAACAGCUCUAUCAGCAGAUCCAUCUGACAUCACAGCACUCACCCCAGGUCAUUUCCUCAUCGGGACAUCUCUUGUUGCAGUACCUGAAGUAAAUGUAUCCGAUAUUCCUGACAAUCGACUAAAGCAUUGGCAAACAGUUCAGGCUCUACAUCAACGCUUCUGGAGAAGGUGGCACCAAGAGUAUUUGCACCAGCUUCAACAAAGGAAAAAGUGGAUAAAGCCAAACAAGAAUCUUGAAGUAGGCGAUUUAGUCAUUAUCCAUGACCCAAAAACACCACCACUUCUCUGGCCUCUUGGUCGCAUUGUGAAAACAUCACCUGGAGCAGAUGGCAUCGUUCGAGUUGUCUCCAUCAAGACUUCGAGAGGAAUCUUCUGUCGCCCUGCUACCAAGGUGUACCCGCUCCCCUAA